AUGGGCUGCACAGUAUGCGGGCAUCCUUUUGCAGAGGUGGGCCAGGGAAAGGUCACUCCUGAGGCUAUCUAUGCGGUUCAGGGCGUGUCCUUUGCCACGGUCCCCGUGGUGGUUGCUUGUGGCUUCAUCAAGAUGCUGUUGCAUCCGGAUUUCAACUUCACAGGUGGCAUCGCCUGCAAAUACAUGGAGCUCGGGUCUCAGCAGGCUGACCCUAAGGAAGCUGACCGCUGCCGCGAAGGGCGCACUGGCACAUGCUUCUUCGUGGCCGGGUUGUUGAUGAUGGUGUCUGGAAGUCGCAUGAUCAUUCCGCGGCUUCGCGAAGUUGAGGAGCAAUACCUAUUGCAGCAGCCGACCCAUUUGCUAAGUCGUGAGGGUCUCACCCUUCGCGCCGAACAGCGACAGCAAAUCAGGACUGUUCCAAUCCGAUGGAAGCGCGCCCACCUGAUUUUUGUCAGCGUCUUCCUGAUCUUCCCACUGAUUUUGCUGUGGGAGUUCACGUAUUGCGAUUACUUCGGCGAGAACGCGCUGUACUUUAUCAUCGGCUUCAGUUUCGCCAUGAACUUUGUGGACAAUUCUCUGUCCAGGGCCGUUCGUGAGGAGCUGAUUCAGGUGCCACUGUCCACCGCCUGCAGCGUGGUGCUCUUCAUCGGCACUCUAGGCGCUGAUGACUUCGUGGACUUCUGCGAAGGCUUCUUCCUUGAGCUGCUCUAUGGCAUUCUCGAGCGCUUGAUUUUGGGCUCACUCAUGGAGGCGGGAGAGAAGAGCGUCGCCCAGGCAAUCCAUUGGACGAAGACUCGAGCCUGGUUCUGGCGCCUGGCCUUGAUUGUCACUGGAGGACGCUCCAGCUCUGGUUUGCUAAUGUCCGAGGGCAAAGAUGACGAAGAAAUCCCACCAGAGGAGGUGGUUGUCGAGGGUACUCCAAUCGAGGAGGCCAUGGAAGAGGUGAUCGGCUGCGGUACCACGUGCAUGAGUACUGUCAUGACGCCUUUCAUUAUCUUGGCGAUCUUCUUCUUUGCAGAGGAGACGGAGAUUCCAGCGCAGUACGAUAUCCGUAGUACAGAUUUGGUCUGCUACCUGCUUUUCGGCUUGAUCAUCGCCCCUUUCCAGGUGAUGAUGGAUAUCCUCAUGAACCACGCCACCGAGCUGCAGAACAAUGUUCGCAUCUACGACUACAUGCUCUACGCAAAGUGGCGUUGGCGCAAUCGUGUGACUCGCUGGCUGUUCGACGAUCCCCGGCUUGACCUAAGCAUCGCAGAGCCCUUGCAGAGCGUCAACCACCUGGCCUUCUCUCCCCAGUUCUACUUCAUUGAGACUUACUACACCUGGGGAAUGCUGGUUGGCCUGCUUGCCAUCACAAUCUUCCUGCGAAAGGCGAUGAACCCCCUGGACGAUCCUGCUCUGUUUAUCAUGGUUGGCCAGAUGAUUCUUUUGAACUACAUCCUGGAUCGCCUGAUUCGAUGGCUGAUCUCAUCCGUGCUCUGGAAGCCCAUGGACAACAGUAACUUCCGCGUCUUUAGCCGGUCCGUGGCUCUGGCCCUACAGCGCAAGGAUGCUGCAUUGCUGCAAGAGAAGUACCGCCAAUGGUUCUGGCAGCGCCACACAGGAUGGCUAGUCAACCACCUGAAUGAUAUCUUCACUCCACGUUCACGUGAGCGCUACCGUGGUAAGCUGAGCCUUCUCUACCAGCAGGCACUGCAGCUGCAACCGACUCGCGUCUACAAGACGCCUGGCGAUGCCUUUCCAGAGCCGGUGGGGCAACAAGAGCUGCCAGAAAACUUGCGCCUGGA